AAAUAAACUAAAUGAGGGACAACACUGUAUUAGUAAAUAUAAAAAUUGACACUUGUAGCGCUAGUGUUUUCGGCGGGUUAUAACCUGGAAUAUCCUUCUUUUAAGUUUGUUGUUCUCUUUAAGUUUUGUGAUUUCAGUUAAAUAAUUUAAAUAUGGCUGAAGAGGAUCCUUUAGAAAAAUCUGUCCGACUCUUGGACGAGGCUCUCAGAACUCCUUCUCACCCCAUUAGGUUUAAUACUUCACAUAAGUUCUCUCCUUACACAACUCCAAAUAUAAUGAGACUUGAAGAACAUGAGGACUCCUUUAGUUUCGACACUGACAAUCUCGAAAAAAGACGACUGAGGCGGUCAGAUAUAUUAGAUUUGUCCAUCACUUUAGAACCGGGAGAAUUAUCUCGGAUAUGUGAUGUUUCGGGGGUUAUGAAUGAGAAAUCUAUGAUCAACGUUGAAGCUGGUAUCGAUAAUCUUUUAUCCCAAUUCCAAUCUACAUUUCAAACUUUUGGUACAACACAAAGUGUAUUUGAGGCUAUUUCCAGUUUCAUUGAAACCUGCACUAAUACCAUUGAUACCCUGUACAGAACUCAGUAUACUGCACAGGAUAUAAGUUGGUUGGUUAAUGAACGGAAUACAUGGAGAUUAAUUCAUGCUCUUUAUCGAGAUCGUGCUCUGAAGUAUGAUGAACUUCAAGAAGCAAUGACAGUGGACUAUUCCAUUGAACGUUCUGAAAAAGAACUGCAAGAACAUUUUUAUAAAACUAAUCGUAUAGUUAGAGAGGUUCAGAUAGUCAUCGAUUGGUUAGAGAGAAUAGCUCGUGACGAGUGGACUAUCCUCAAUAGAUCAGAAGUAGGUCAUUACACAGAUAGAACAGUCGCUUGGGAGAACACUCUACACAGCCUUCAGUCCGGAGAUAGAGUAUUGUUUCGACCAAGUCGGGAAAUAGUGAGCAGUCUUGACCCUGAUGCUCCACGAAGGCAGAAGAAACCUCUUCAUGACAUUGACCAUGAAGACGAUAGGCGGCUAUUGCAACAUGUAUUCCUUGAGAUACGUUGUGGGCGGUUGGAAAAAGCAGAGGAACAUUGCCUGCAUUGCGGUCAGCAGUGGAGAGCUGCAACGCUAGAAGGUUGGCGACUCCACCACGAUCCUAACUAUUCAGAGCAUUCUAUUGACGGCACCAAACUACCUAUUGAAGGCAACCCUCACAGGGAUAUUUGGAAACUCUGUGCUUGGCAACUAUGUUCUGACCCUUACACUCCUCAAGAAGAGCGAGCAGUUAUGGGUGCUUUGUGUGGUCAUCUCGAUUCACUAUUAGCUGAAGCCGGCUCAUGGGAGGACUUGCUCUGGGCAGAAAGCAGGGUUUAUGUGGAUAUUAAAGUAGAGCAGGAAAUAAGGGACAACUCGCUGAGGAAUUAUGUUGACAUGCCUAAAGAAUAUUGGAAUAACCAAAAAACGUUAGAAGCAAUAUUUUCACAUGUGAAAGCUCACGACAAAGGAAGAGCUGAGGGAAAUCGACCCGAUAGGACAGUUCAGGAGUUGAUUAUAUUGAACAAAGUUGAUGAAUUAUUGAAUAAGUGUUCAACUUGGGCUGAGGGACAAUGUCAAGUUCAAUUUUUGAGGUUCCUAGCUCAUCUUGUUCUUGUAUUGAGAAUGCUUGGAAAAUCUGAGCCAAUGGAAUGCGGAAACAAUAUCCUCGCAGCCUACAUGAAGGCUCUUGUCGCUACUCAAAAUCCUGAUCUCAUAUCAUACUACGCUUCCCUCUUACCCGAAGAUAAGCAAAUAGAACUAUUUUCAGAUUAUAUGGAGAGCGUGAGUGACCCUGAUGAGAAAACUAUUGUCCUAAAAUCUGCUGAAAAAUAUGGCCUCAAUAUAAGGGCAGUCACUGAAAGAACUGUCCAAAAUAUAAGGAAUCGCCAGUUGGAAGAAGAAAGAGAGAACAAAUCGUUAGUUCAAGAAACAACCGAAGAAGAUAUGAAGAAGAUCUCGGCCCUGGAAUGGAUGGUGUUUUACCGAGAGCAGAGGGUUGAGGCGAUAUGGGAAUGUAAUGCUUUGGUGAGGGUAUUCAUAGCCGAAGGCAAGCUACCUGCUGCUCGUCUUGCUCAUAACAAGAUUCCAGAUGAUUCAGUCAGCCUAAUCGUAUCGCAGUUCAAUAUUGAAGUUGAUCACGAUCUCAUUGUGCACUGGGAUAAAUUUCCACCCAAAGUGAAUGCAGCUCUAAAGGAAUACCUCUGUUAUAAAGCUUAUCUUGAUGCACAUGAUGGAUUCAACCAUUGGUUCCAUCAGUUCCACAACACGAAACCUACUGAACCAACCAAACCGACCAAUGGUGAUUUUACCGAGCUCAUGGCUUAUGAACACAAGAAUGAAAAGUAUAAACAAGAACUUGAAAGGUGGAACAUUGGCAUGGAGCAUAUAACUAGGAAUGUUCAGACCCAGCUGCAGAACAUCUUGGUGUUCCCUCCCAAUGGAUGGUUGGUCGAUGAUUACAACGAAGAUAGCUCUAGAUCUGAACAGUUAUUGAUGCUUCGGGAUCAUUGCCUGCCACAGGUUUUCUUACUUCUACAUAAAGUGCUGUUCAGCAUGGAAAAGCUAGAAGAGUCUGCAAAAAUCUUUGCUCUCAUUGGCCGAGAAGAGUUUAACCUUGAAAAGGUAUUCAAAGCCCAAGUUGCUUCAGAUAUGGUGAAGGUGAUUGAGGAGACAACAGAAGCUUUGAUGAUUAAAAGCGGAAACCCAUUCGGCCACCAGUGCUUGCUAGCUCCCAGAAAGAAACCACCACCGGUUCCGCUUGAUGUGCUCCUCAAGAAUUUUCCAUCAGUCCCACUGGCAGAAGGAGAGGGUGAGAUGAUUGAAAUGCCAGGAAAAGAAGAUGAGGAAGAAAAUAAAUUAGAAACUUCUCUAACUGAAGAUGAAUUUGGCUUCAUAGAAGAAGAGGUAGAGGAUGAUGAUGACGUAUUUGUGGACUGUGAGGAAGAUUCAAGAGAAAGCGCAGCAAAAUCUUUGAUGAAAUUCGAGCCUAUGAACUACCAAUCAGGGAGAAAAAUCACUUAUUCCAGUUUAAAAAUUCAAGACUCAUUUUAAAAAAAUGGAUCAACACUAACAUUCAAUACAUUGUGUAAACUGUAAUAUCAACAGAAUUAUCUUUAAAACAGUAAAGUUGAUGUUGAUGGAACAUUUCAUUAGAAAUUAUGCUUUAAUUGUAUUAUAUUUUUACACUUGUCAUUAAUUAUUAAUUUUUUUACUACAAUCAUUUAUAUAAAAAGUUUGUUUUAGAUUGUGUAAAAUAUUAAAUAGAUUGUUUCAUA